UAAGGUUGGUAGUAUAAGAGAACAGAAGCUUAACGUUCAUUCCUGCGUCAAAUUUCCUGUAAUAUUGCUCUAUUGUGCAAAUAAGAAUGGUGGUGAAGGUGUAUGGCCCAGACUAUGGAAGCACUAAGGGAGUGAUAGUGUGUCUGAUUGAGAAGGAAGUUGAGUUCGAAACUGUGCAUGUUGAUGGCUUUAAGGGAGAACACAAACAGCCCGAAUAUCUCAAGUUGCAGCCCUUUGGACUGAUGCCUCUUGUUCAAGAUGGGGAUUAUGUUCUUUAUGAAUCACGGGCAAUACUGAGGUAUUAUGCAGAAAAGUACAAAAAUCAAGGGACGAAUCUGUUGGGAAAGACAAUGGAAGAGAGAGGGCUUGUGGAACAAUGGCUUGAAGUUGAAGGGCAUAACUAUACUCCACCGAUCUACAACUUGAUCAAAAUGUACUUUGCUUCUGUACUAAAUGGUGAAGCAAUGGACCCAAAGGCCGUUAAAGAGAAUGAGGAAAAGCUCGAAAAAGUUCUUGACAUUUAUGAAAAGAGGCUAUCCGAGACAAAGUACUUAGCAGGGGAUUUCUUCAGUCUUGCUGAUCUUAACCAUCUUCAAUUUACUUCUUAUUUGGUGAAUGAAAUGGAAAGAGGGUUUAUGGUUAGAGAAAGGAAGAAUGUGAGUCGUUGGUGGGAUGAUAUUAGCAGCAGACCCUCUUGGAAGAAGGUUCUUCAGACCUACAAAAACGUUUAUGAUGUGCUUAAGGAGAUGAAAGUAACAGCGUCUUAGCUUUUCUUUCACCUCCGAAUAAAAUGUUUCCUUUUCUUCGUAGUAGUUCUGGACCAUAUGAUAAGAGUUUGGUGUUAACAUGUGAAUCAAAGCUAUGUAAAAGGCUUUCAUGGUCAAAAUAAAAUGCCAUUUUGAGUUUAUUAUGUUUCA